AUGACUCUAGUUCUUCCCGCACAGUCUACCUCCUGCAAAGACCAUGAUCCGGUCGUCAUGGUCAGUAUGACUCACCCAAUCAGAGCAUCGACACUACUGGACCUUGAAGGCGGAAAAUUUGGGCGACCACCAUCAAAUUCAACAUCAUCACAGGUAAGACGAACCGGGAUCUUGAUUAAAGGUCUGGAUCCGCGGUUUGAAGCGAUCUGGAGAGGUCGAAGGUUGGUUGGAAUCGGCACAGCAGAUGCAGGGGAAGAGGAAAUCGGUUCGGAAAAGGCCUCUCUGCCUUUGCAUAUUAUCGCGACAGCAUUGCUGCAAAAUCCACUCAGGCUUCAACCACCGGUGCACGCAACCGUUCACAUAGUGGCACCUCACACUUAUCAAACGAUUCCUAUUUUGCAUGCCCUUCUCGCAAACACGGUUCCUGACUCACAAGUGGCGAUAGAACUCCUCAAACACGUCCGCCUCUUGCAAUAUUUCGAUCUCUCUGGGCUAUCAGAAAGUGUGGCUGAAGUCAGCGAAUGGAUACACCGACGAGCCGAAAAGGGGCCAGAUUGGGAGUUGCCUGUACCGAGCGUAGGCGAUCGCGACAAUCUCAGAGACAUUGUAUUGAUCCAGGGAGUGGGACAGACAGUGUCCGCAACACAUCGACGAAGUGGGUUCGUACAAGCCAAUGCACUGCUGGCAACGCUGACGCGGAGUAUUUCACAACUUUCAAGAAUGUCUGGAGACGUGUUGGUUCUCUUGGAUGCCCCGAUCGAGGUUGGCACGGCAAGGGAUGGAAAUUCCCAUCAGAAACCCUCUAAAUUCAAGACGUAUGCCGUCGGACUGGUGCUUGAAUCCGCAUUUUCGAAUCAUUCUGGCGAGUCUUUGUGGUUGGCGUGUGGGAAUGAAGGAUUAUCCCGGACGUUAGAAGCGUCGUUCGACUGCUUGGUUGCGGUUCACGAUGGAUGGGGAAGAGCAAACGAUACGAGUAGAGGACAAGAAGAACAACAGAAUCAUGUCGUGGAAGUUGUCAAGGACAGAGUGGGUGACAUGACGGGUCUGUGGGCUGUAUGGGCCCCCGAUGGUCAUGCCUGA